AUGAUAAAAUUAUUUUUAAUAUUUCUUAUAAACUUAUUGUUUUUAUAUGAAAAUAUUUAUUUUGUUUCUUCACUAGAGUGUUAUGUCGAUGUAAACUCAAAUAUAAAUUACAAUAACGGAGAGUGUGGUUGUGUAACCACUACCAACCCAAACACACCACCAUGCAAAUCAUUCUUAGAGACUGGAAUUAAAAUUAGAGAAUUUAUAAGAAUAAAUAAAGCUGAUAAUAAUAAUUACAGUUUUUUAAAAUUGUUUGAAAAGUUAACAAUUAUAAUUAGCGAUGGUAUAUAUUACGUCAAUAAUAAUAAUUUACUUGGUGACAUAGAUACAUUCAAUGAAAUAGUCAUUCAAAAUUAUCAUUCAUUCAAAUUCAAUUCUUCAGAUAGUCCAAGUCAAGUUUUUAUUGAUGGUGGAAAUAGUAGUCCAAAUCAAUAUUUUUUAUCAAGCAAUAUAAAUAAAUUAGUUGGUUUAAGUUAUCCAAAUAUUUUUCUUAUUAAUAGUAUCAAUUUUAUAAAUUGGAAAAGUAAUAAUAUAAACCCUGUAAAUUGGAAUAAUCAAUAUAUUUUAAAUUUUCAAUCUACCAAUAAAGAAUUUAAUAAAGUUUUGAUUGUAAACUCAUCAUUUAAUAAUAUCAAAAAUAUAGGAAUAGUAUCAGUAGUCAAUAAAAUUACAACGAAAAUACCCCUAGAUAGAGGAAACUCGCCAAUGUUCCAGUGUGAUUUUUGCAAUUUUACAAAUAUAAACUAUAAUAAUAAUAAUAAAUCACCACUACAAUUUAAUAAUUUAAAAGUAAUUUUUACAUAUAGUUUUUUUAAUAACAAUACCAUUAGUUCAAAAUCAUUCAUUAAUAAUGAAAUUGGUGUUAUUAAUGGUACAAACUUUAGCUAUUAUUUAACUCAUUUUUUUUCAUCAGUAUUUUAUAAUAAUACAAUAAUCAAUAAUAAUCAAUAUAAUAAUUAUAAUAAUAGUUUCUCCCAGAAUAUAGAUACAGUUAAUAGUUUUAUUUCAGUUAAAAAUUCACUUUUGUAUUUUAAUUUUAAUAUAGUAAAUAAUAAUACAGGUUCAAUAAUAACAUUUGAUGGUAAUCAAGAUCAAAUAGAUACACUUCAACAAGGCAAUAAUAUAUAUUUUCUAUUUGAUAAUAAUUUAUUUUCGAGUAAUAAAAUUAUAAACUACAAUAAUAACAACUAUGAAUAUAGUUUAAUAAAUUUACAUAAAUCACAUUAUGAUUAUAUAAACUAUAGAUCACUUUUUUCAAAUAGUAUUUUUCAAAACAAUCAAAUAUUCAAUAACAAUAAUUAUUUAGUAAUAUCUAAAAGUUUUUCAAUUGAAUUCGCGAAUAUUACAAUUGAAAAUCCUUUAUUAUUUCCACCAACACUUCAAAAUAAUUAUAAAUUUAUAUUUUCAAAAAAUAGUUUUAUAAUAAUUACAAAUUCAUAUAUUUUAUCCAAUAGUUUAGUAUGUGGAAAUUUAUCAAAUAUUCAUAUUAAAGGUUCAAAAAUUUCAUUAGAUUUCUCAAAUUUGUAUAGGUGUCUUAACUGCCAUUAUAAUAUAGAAAUACUCGAUACUUUAAAUGGAGAGGCAUUAAGGUCAUAUGAAUUCACCACAUCAUAUGAUACCACUGAUCCUCAUACAAACAACCCCGCAAAGCCAAAUAUAGACCAUUACAAAUUAUAUUUAAAAAUCAUUAUAUCAAUAAUUCUUUUAAUUAUAACCACAGCAUUAAUAUAUUUAUGUUUUUUCUUAAAUAUACCCAAUAACUAA